CAAGCAGAAAGACGACAUUGUGGAUCGAUGAGUUUGCGGUGUUCAACAAGGCUUCAACAGAAACUCGCUCACUUGGAGUGUUUGAGCAGUCGACAGAAACACGAGCAGAUCCCAGCUUAAAGAGCUUGUCGGCGCAGACUGUGCUGUGACUGCUGUUUCCUUCUCUGUCACAAAGUUUUUCGAGAAAGGAAUCAUUUUCCCACCUGCCCUGCGCCACAGGUGAAUGGACGAGGCGGGCUGCCAUGUCUGUGACGUGACAAUAAACUGUCAGACAAGCUUCUUUCAAGACGAGUGUAUGUGUGUGUUCGUCGGUCGGUGAUGGAUAUCAGCAGCUUCCUGUAGACAGAACCGAGUGGCCGUUGGUGACUUUACACCGCUCUGAACAUGCCUCCGAGGUCCCACGGUAAGGCUGCCAGUGAACCAGGUAUGACAACAACAAUAACAAGCAGCAAGUUCUGACAGGUACGACGAGUAGAGAUGCUGAUCACGCAAAGAUGAAGAUGACACUCGUCGAGGAAUGCCCCAGUUUGUGUGAUGUGCUGAGAUAACAAACCAGACGAGUGUUUAUGGAGAUGUCACGGUUAGAAUCCGAUCAGUGUCGGUACUAAACGUGUCACUGCAUCAGCUGUGUGACCGCAGGAGGUGUCUUCAUCGGCUGUGACGGAGGUUGUACCGUGUGCCCCCGCCAUCGUAUCAACUUCGCACGCGCCGCGAGACUCCAUGCCCCCAGCUGUCACGCUGUUCGCGGUAAAAUCCACUGAGGUCGAAACCAAGAGGAAUUCACCAAGAAACUGGUAACUUGGAUUUUCUCUCGGCGUUUCCAGGCGACAGUUUCCUUCUAUUGCUACGCAAGGUUAUCGUCAAACUCUUCACAGUCGUGUGUUUCGAUCAAACUUGAAGUGGAAGCAGCUGUGUGUUCGCAUAUCACCGUUUUCCUCGUUAUUAUCAGCUGGGUCACCAAAAUGGACAAGUCUAUAUAAAGACCCCUCGCUACAACAGCUCAAUAUUUUGUUUCAGGACCCCGUGGAAGUUGUUUACGCCUCUUUGGUGUUCUGGAAUUUUCCGUUCAUUCUACAGCCCUCGGUGAGGACAAAGCCUCGUUGUGGUUUCGAACCAAAAAUUGUUUAUCAAAUUCACUCAAAGAAUCAACGACUGAACAAGGGCCAUUGCGUCUGGUGUUUGAACUGUCUUUUUACUCCCGUCGUCAGCAGGCCGAUGGCAGACGGAGACAGCAGUAGCACCAUCAGCGACAGUUCCACUGAGAACGCCGGCACAGGGGUCGUGCAGACAUCAGCUUCGGUUUCCAGUAGUCAUGGCAGAGAGUCGGGUGGUGCCGAACUUUUUGGCAUACAGCUUGAGGUGACGUCACGGCUGUUGGAGACAGAGCGACGCCGGCUGCUGGUGCUGCAGAGGGAACUGGGACAGCAGCUGACCGCGGGCCACGGCCCUCACAAGAAGAGACACCUAGAGCCUUUGAAGAGAAAUAUUCAGCGCAUCCAGCAGCAGUAUGAACAGUUAGAACGUGAAUACUACACCGCCGUCAUGGGCGCCCUCCGCAGGACCCACCAGGUCAAACAGUCUUCGCGAAGCCAGCCUGCUAUUGGCCUCAAACACUUGCCCAAGCCCCGGCCAACAAUUUUUGGUACCGUCACGCAAGACAGGACAAGCGAAGACAAGAAAAAGCUGCGCCAGAGCGUGGGGCCGCAGAAGCUGAGUCUGUCUCAGAUGUUUGACAUGGCGGGGUCCGGGUAUGUGGGACAGAACGACCGAUUCUCCAAAGACCAGGCACUGAUUUUCCAAAAUGGAAAUCUCUAUUCUGGUUCUCUGGAAUCCUUGAUUCAGCAUCUGGUACCUACUGCAGACUAUUAUCCAGAUAGAACAUAUAUCUUCGCAUUCCUUUUGAGUUCACGACUCUUUAUUGAUCCUCACCAACUGUUGGCAGAAGUAUGUCAGCUCUGCAUUUUCCAACAAAACUUGACUCAUGAUCGAAUCAGCCGAGAUGCUCUUGGAAAGUUUGGUCCACAUAUUGUUCGCCUCAUCAGUGAGUGGACAGAACUCUUCCCAUAUGACUUCCGUGAUGAGCGAAUGAUGAAGCAGGUGCGGGACCUGACCCAGCGUAUUAUCUCCAUCUACCCUGAGCUGCGUAAAGACAUCAGUGCUGUCAUGCAUGCACUCUUGACAAGGAUCUCACAGCUUGAUACAUAUGAGAACUCGCUGGCGAAGCUAAAUGCUGAGUUGCUGAAAAGAUCACAGACUCAAGUAGUACCCACCACUGACAUCAUGGAGGUCUGUCCAAGCCCUGUCGAUCUUGCACAACAACUGACACACAUAGAACUGGAACGUCUGAGCAUGAUUGGUCCUGAGGAGUUUGUGCAAGCCUUCUGCAAGGAAAGGAUAGACACAGAGACCAGCUAUCAAGACCUUAAGAUGACUCAUAACUUGGAGGCUUAUGUUCAGUGGUUCAAUCAUCUCAGCUAUGUUGUGGCAUCAGAAGUUUGCUCUCAUUUAAAGAAAAAGAACCGUGUGAAGAUGUUGGAAUAUUUCAUUGAUGUUGCCAAAGAAUGUAUCAACAUUGGCAACUUCAAUUCAUUAAUGGCAAUUAUUGCUGGCAUGAACAUGAAUCCAGUCGCCAGAUUAAAAAAGACAUGGGCUAAAGUGAACAUAGCCAAGUUUGAAAUUCUCGAGCAUCAAAUGGACCCAUCCAAUAACUUUGGCAGUUACCGAUCAUGUCUCAAGGCAGCAAUGUGGCGAUCUCAGUGUGCUUCAGAUGACCGUGAAAGGAUUGUUAUCCCAUUCUUCAGCUUGUUUGUCAAAGACCUUUAUUUUCUAAAUGAGGGUUGCAACAACAGGCAGUCUGAUGGCAACAUCAACUUUGAAAAAUGCUGGUUGCUGGCCAAACAGAUCUCUGACUUCAUUGCAUGGCAGCAAGUAGAGUGUCCCUAUGAAAAGAAAAGUAGGGUCAUAAGCUAUGUCCAGUCUCUGCCAGUCUUUUCUGAAACAACCCUGUCAUUGGCUUCAUAUGAAUGUGAGCAGCCAGAAAGCACUUAUGACAGAGAGCGACACAAGCAGCUCAAAGCCCAGGCAGGUUUGUGAUAGUCUUCGGGAGCAUGCCAGCGGACCCAGAACAUGUUUGUUCAGCAACUUAAUGGCUGUCUGCCUACAUGGCCACUGUUUUGGCAACACAAGUUUUGUUGUCAUGACCAAAGCAAAGAAGCAGCUUGCCUUUUCUUCAGGUUGCACAGAACACUCUGAUGGUAGCAGCAACUUGAGACUGUUAAAAACCUCACAGACUUCCUUGGACUACUCAGUUAUUUUACAACUGACAAGAAGCUGUUCUGGAAGCCGGCUUACCCUGCUGUGUCUUCACUUUUUGUGAUAGUUUGUGGUUUUGCUUCUGCUUUUUUUUUUUUUUUUUAAGUAUUUGUGAUAUUUGGGCAUUUUGUGCUGUUUGCAUACAGUUAGAACCUUCAAGUGCUAGUCAGGGCUAAAAUCUAAUUGCCCAAAGACUCUACAAAUUUGCAGCAACUAACAGAGACAACCAUGCUGUGUUCUUCCAUGGUUUGUAUCCUGCUAUUAAGCAAAACCUGCGUAAAAAAAAGGUUGCAAAAAACCUAGUACAAGAUGCACCAUAUAUGUAAUCACCAUUUAAAAAUGAUGGUAUGUUGUUACAAACUGGGUGUAGGGUGGCACCUCCUAACCCAGAUAACAACACUUGUGAACAUUUAUGCUGCAUCUUUGCAGACAAUCCGAGCAGCAUUUGCUUGGAGCAUCCUCUUAAACAGUCAUAACCCCGUGAUUUCUGAUGGGCUUAAUCGCUGAAAGUUUCAUCAAGGACACACCUGUGGAUAUUCUCACGUCAAGUUAAAAACAGAAUUGUGCAAUCUGCAUAGUCCCGACAGUGGCACAUUGUUCAAUUUGGCUGUUAUAUUGUGGAUCUGUUUCUGCAAGUGGUAUGAAAGAAUCAAAAAAUAAAUUGAAAAAAUCAUUUGAAACUGUGAAUGCCAUUUGCACAAACAUCAAGACUUGAAUAACCAAAGGGUGAUCCCAGCAACCUCCUGGCACAUUCCUUUGAUGAAUAUGACACUGUGUGGCUUUAACUUACUGAAUCCUGACUUUAGUGCAUAUUUAUGAUGCAAAAGCCAAGCUAGGCAGCAGGCUAACAUCAUGCCAACUUUUGGUGAACUUCACGGCUGUUGAUGGGUCACAAUUCUUAAGACUCCUGAACACUGCAGCCGGGUUGAUGAGUUAUUCUGUUUGAAAUCCCACGUUGGACAGUGAAUCUCAACUGUGUGUAAACUUAGAAAAAAAAAUUUACAGGCAAUUGGCCUGUUACUGGUGGGAUAGGGAAAUUGGCAAUGUAUUUAGCCACUCCCCAUCCUGAAGGUUGUCAUUUGAUUUGGGCAUAUGUGGAACAAUUUCUGAGAAAUGCUCCAAAACAAUGAAGCAUAAAAGACUGACAAACAAAAAACUACAAGAACAUCAGCUUUGUUAUUUUAUAUUUAAAUGGCAUAUAGAAGACCUUCAAAUAACAAUUUGCAACAGCAUAGUGACCAAGAAACUUGCAAUUUGUUUUAUAGUUCUGGACAAUUGACAGUAGUUAAGCUACGGAGGUAAGAUACUUGUCUGUUGACCAAACCACAAAAUUAAUUUAAGUUUGUUAGACUUCAAAGGAACUUCCAUCUUGCAAGCAUCUGGCUAGCUAGCAUCUAGAUCCUGUCAAGCAGGUUUCAGCUGAUAACUUUUGUUAAGUGGACCAUUAUGAACAAAGACAUUAUUUGACAAAUAUCAAAUGAUGUUAAGCUCUUGCAGUCAUUAUCAGAAAGUUUUCUAUUCAAGCUCCAUCUAAAAUUCAGAGACCAAUUAAAAACGCAUUCCGUUGCAAAAAAAAAAAUAAAUGUAGUGGACGUAAUUCAUGGCUAAACAUAAUGUCCCAUGCUCCAUUCCUUUUACUAUUGUACCUUCCUGCUCAAGAUGGGGGGAGUAUUUCACAAGAGCCUUUCAUACUUUAGGUAAGCAUGAUAUUCAGUGACUGUGCAGUGCUACCUCACAUGUAUCUUUCUCAUACAUUUUUCAUAAAUUAUUGCAACUGUAGGUUGCUUACCGUGUGACUCUUGCUUAUUGCCUUUAAAGGUUUUUUUUUUUGUUUGGGGGAGGGGGAAUCUACAGUAAAAAGAAAACCACAAUUCAGCUUUUUUUUCUAUGUGUAAGCAUGCACACAGUCUAUUUGAGUCCCCAGUUAGUAGGAAAGCACAGCAGAUACAAUUAGAAAAAUUAAUCAAAUUUGUUUCUAUACCUUUGUCAGUGGCGGGGUUUUGUUUCAGUGGCUCAUCAUUUAUUUUAGGGAUCUUAAAUUGCUGCAUAAUGCCAGAUCAUCUCAGAUGCUUGCAAGAGGAAUGGAUGUUCCAAAAGUUAUCAUGUUUUAGUUCUUUGGGCAUUUAAUAAAAAUGGAGUAAUUAUUUUUGAUAUAUAAAGUUUUACAUUAAAUGAAUGUUAACAAUUGGCUAAUGUUGCCGACUUAAUACCUUGAAGUUUCUAAACAAACAAAAAAAAAAAAAAAAUGGUGAAUAAAUUAAAUCCAUGCAAUUAGUACAUAUACACAUUGUACAACCUAGCCUUUACAAUUGUUCUAGCUCCGUUACCUGUUGUUCAAACACUCAGUUUGGUGUUGUCUGUAAAUAUCACUAUAUUUUACUAUUUAUACAUUCAUGAGCAUGUGUGAGCAGUUCAGUGUGAGAAACUAAUGUUACAUAUACCUUGUCACUUAGUUGUAGAGCUUGGAUUCAAGUUAUAUGAACUCAGGAUAUGUGGAAGGAAAUGCUGGCAAUCUCACAUUAAAGAUCGGCUAGUUUACUCAUUCUUAACUGUUACUGUAGCAGCAUAUUUAGUUACUCUGUGUAAUUUUGUUUUUCAAAGGCACAUGGAAGAAGGGUCAAGGACUGGUAGUAAGGCUUUUUUUAUGACAAAAGUGGAACGCUUACAAUGAACCCCCAACUGAUGAGAUUUUCACUAAGUAGUUAACCAUGAACUUUAAUUUCUAUUCAUUUUAAAAAAUGAAAACUUGUGAAAAUUCAAAUCUGAAUUGCACAGAUGAUUUUGAUAGAAAAAUUCUCUCAACCACAAAGCAUGUUUAUCCCACCUCUAUUUUUACCCAUCUGCCUGCCAGCGAUUGUGUGUGAGGUGUAGGAAGAAACGUUCUACCUAGACUUGCAUGGGUAAUAAAUAUUGUUAUAAAGCAGGUUAUGUAAUUCAGAUGAGGGUAAUAAACUUUUGAGCAUGUGCCUUUUGGAAAUUAAAAAACAUCAUAGGGAAAAAGAAAAUAGUUAAUAUGACCCAUACAUUUGUGCUUUUUUUUUUGUUUUUUUGUUUUUGUUUUUUUUUUGCUUUAAAGUUGCCAUGUCUUCGAUUCUUUAAGUUUAGACUCUGAAGCAAAUUGUAAAAUAAUUGUUAAUGCAAGUAGAGAUUGCGAUACCUAGUUAUGAAACUGAGCAUCAUGCCAGCUGCCAGUCUAGAUUUACAAUUUGUCAUCUGACAGAAGGUUGUACUGUACAGUUUGUUGGCUUAAGAAAUUUAGUUUCUAGCAUAUCAUGGUCUUAUAAUGAGAUAUAGCUUUUGGUGCAUGAAAUCAGCCUGUGAUGCUAGAGAAUGUCUCAACUUUUAAAAAUUAUUUUUAAGGAUGUUUGACUGAUGCAUUGACGAUGGAAGAUGGGAAUGCUUUCUGCUGAAAGAUCCUUUCUCCCGUUAGGUUACUGCAUUUGGUGCAGGUGGCUGGGCAAGGUAGAAUUGAAUUAACAUAAGCAGAUCACUCUUGUUGUCUUGUGGUCAGUGGUCAAAGUGGUGAAGAAGACUAUUUCAGUCGAAAAUAAAACACCACAAAAUA